AUGACGAAGCGCGCGACGCGCGCGGCGAAGCGCCGCGACGUCUCCCCGCCGUCGCCGUCCUCGGAGCAAGACCUCAGCUUCGGCGACGUCCACGACGGCGACGGCGACGCCCCCACGGGCGAAAAGUCGAUAAAGGACGUCCUGAGGCAGCUCGACGCGCGCGCGGACGCGACCGUGGAGCGCGCGGCUCUGAGCAUGAACGUCGUCGCCGAGGACGCGGAGGAGGCCGCGACCGACGCGCGCGAUCAAGCCGCGGGCGCGAUCGCGCACUGCAAGAAAGUCCUCCUCGGCCCCGCGCGCUCGGUCGUCGCCGACCUCACCGCGCGGAGCGAGUCGCUCCUGGACGUCUUGAAAGAGACGAUCGCGGGUACCGAGCGCGAGCACGCCAAGGACGCCGCGGCGCUGAAAGAAGAGCUCUUCAACCUCGCGGACGCGGUCGGGCUCCGCGCGGUCAGCGACGUGUACUCCGAGGGGCAGCGCGCGACGCUCGCGGACGAGAGCUUCUGA